ACGAAGAUCGUAAUUAUAUGGUAUUAUAUUCUUAACAUAUGAUAGUGUGUAUAUAUAUAAAGACAUUCUCAUAAGUGUCCUUUCAACCAUAAAGAAAAACUAGGCAGGGAAGAAAAGAAUAGGGAGAUGCCUUCUGCGCUUCAGCUUCAUCAGCGCGGCUCGGCGGCGGCUGCGGCUGGAGUGGGGAGUGUUUAUAAGCAGGCGGCUCAGGCGGCGAGGUGGAUGAUUCCGGUGUCUAUAUCGGUGCCGGAGCACGUGCUGCAGUACCACACGCACGCGGUGGGGGCGGGGCAGUGCUGCGCGGCGGUGGUGCAGGAGGUGGCGGCGCCGCUGGAGGCGGUGUGGCGGCUGGUGCGCCGCUUCGACAAGCCGCAGGCGUACAAGCACUUCCUGAAGAGCUGCCACGUCAUUGUCGGCGACGGGGACGUGGGCACGCUCCGCGAGGUGCGCGUGGUGUCCGGCCUCCCCGCCGCCUCCAGCACCGAGCGCCUCGAGAUCCUCGACGACGAGAAGCACGUGCUCAGCUUCGCCGUCGUCGGCGGCGAUCACCGCCUCAACAACUACCGCUCCGUCACCACCCUCCACCCCCACCACCGCAACAACACCACCGUCGUCGUCGAGUCCUACGUCGUCGACGUCCCCCCCGGCAACACCAACGACGAAACCUGCGUCUUCGUCGACACCAUCGUACGUUGCAAUCUUCAAUCCCUAGCGCAAAUCGCGGAAAACUCCAACAACUCUCCAAAUCAAGAACUGAAAAGUCAUACUACCAAUACAGUGAUAGAUGUUCGUUGAAGAUUAUAAAGCUAAGGUUGGUUAUUAGAUUUGGAGGGUGUGAUGAAGAUCUAGUAUGAUGUUUUGUAACCAAAUUAAACACAUAUAUAUACUACAUUAUUUCUUGUUUUUUUUUUCUUUUUUUUUUUUUUUUCAUUUCAAUCUUUUAUUUUUGCUUGGGGGAUUUUCUUCAAUCGCCUGAGUUAAUUAACAAUAUAUAAUAUAAACAAUUUCUUGUUUUCUUGA